AUGGCAUCUCACAUAUCUCUUGUCAUUUCUGGAUUAUUAUUAGUACUUCUUACAAUUGUUGUUCAAUCAGUUCCAAUAAAGAAAAUUGAAGAUAUCGUUCAAACACCACCAUCUAUAAAUGACAAACAGGUCGUUAAACAACAACUUCUAAAGUCUGUUGUUUCAGUAGAAUCAUCAUCAUCGUCUAGUUCUACUACUAGUACAACAAGUCCAACGACUUCUAUCUCUGAAAGUUCAUCAUCAUUAGCAACACAACAAGAAAAAAAUGAUAAUAAAAAGAAACGUAACAUUAAUGAUGAUGAUCAAGAUCAAUUAGAUGGACUUUUAGAUAGUGGUAGUGAAAGUGAUGAAAAUGAUGAUACUAGUAUUUAUCAAUUAUCUGACGUUAAAUUGAACAACAAUAAUAAUAAUCAAAUCAAACAUAUAUUACAUACUAAAAUACAAGAAACAUCAGCUAUAAUUCAUGACAAUGCAGAUAAACCAGUCGAUACAGAUGAUUCAAAUAUUUUUUCUGAUGUUAAAAUGACCCCAAGUGAAUUAACAGAAAUUGUACGUCGACGUCGUGAUAUUAAAUUAAAUACUGAAUCAAAUCGAAGACAUAAACGAGCUUUAUCACCAUAUGAUUUUUAUGAUACUGAUCCGCUCUACAAUCCAUAUGAUGAUUUACUUGAAGGACAACAAUAUAUUCGUCCAGCUCGCUCAUUUGCUCCACUCUAUUGGUAUCCAAAUGUUUAUGAACGAAAUAUCCGUUCUGCUCUUGCAUCAUCUUUCUAUGAACCAUCAGAAUGGCCACGAUUGUAUUCAUCAAAUAUUAUCAAUGAUGAAAAUGAUGAAGAUUCCGGUUUACUAUACAAUAAUGAUGAUGAUGAUGAUGAUGAAAAUGAAAAUAUAAAUGAUUAUGAACUCAAUCGUUAUCCUAUUUUAUUACAAUCAUCGAACAAUCCAUUCGAUAAUUUAGAAUUACAACAACGAUAUAAUACCGAUGAUUUACCAAUUGAUGAAGAUAUCGAAGAAAGUGUAAACGAUGAUGAUGUUGAUGACAAUAGUGAUGAUGAUAACGAAGAAGAAUAUCGUUUAUUCUAUCAAAAACAACGUCCAUAUUAUAUUCCUUAUGGAUCUAUUGAUACGCGUUACGAUUGA